AUGGCUACUACUUCUAAAUCUCAAUCACUUUUUGAUCGUAAUGUACGUAAGAUGCGUAGUAAAAUUAAUGCAUAUUUCUCUCGAGUACAGUCCAUUUAUGACAGUAUCACUAAAAUAAAUGAGAGCAAUGUGGAUGUAUUUAUGUCGAAUGCUAGUACUUUAGAUAUGAUGCGUACCGAAUUCAUAAAGUCACUGGACGAUCUUAAUGAUUUAUUAGCAUCAAAUGAAGACGCCACAGAACCCAAUUACGAGUCAAUGGUGGCGUUUGAUGAGCUAUUUUCUCGCAUAAAAUAUAAAUAUUCGGAACUAAUGUCGUUGCGUCACAAUACGCAAAAUACGGCGAACACUGUUGUUGGUGAGAAUAAAAUUGAGACCUACCGACAGUGUCCGAAAUUACCGCGAUUAGAAUUAUGUCCGUUUAAUGGUGAACUUCAAAAUUGGCCUAUAUUUUAUGAAACAUUUAAAUCCAUAAUCCAUGAAAAUCAAAGUUUAUCUGAUAGUGAAAAAAUUCAGUAUUUAAUCGGUAAACUGACUGGUGAUUCGGGUGAAGUACCGAAAUCAGUAGACAUUGCCACCCACACUGACGGAGAUCAAGACAACGCUAUGCCAGAUUCACUGGCCCCCGGUGAACCUGUAGCAAUUGAGACUUCAUUAGGUUACAUAAUAGUCGGCCAGGCACCGGUAUUAGCUCCCUCGAUAGAUAAUUCAUACUAUACACAUUGCACCUUUGGUGAGGACAAUUUGGAUAAUGAGAAUAAUGUUUGUAUUGGUAAUUUUUUGAAAUUAGAGGAUAUUCCAGACGUCAAGACAUACACGGAACAGGAAGAGGAGUGUGAAAGCCUUUAUAGACAAACGACUACUCGUGAUAGCUUAGGUCGUUACAUUGUCUCGUUACCAUUCAAAGAUACUCCUAGUAAGCUGGGUGACUCAUUGCAAGCAUCAAUGCGUGGAUAUCUUUCAUUGGAACGUAAGCUGCUAUUGGAACCCGAAAUGAGACAAGAAUACGAUAAAGUCAUUAAGGACUAUUUAGAAAAGGGAUAUUUAAACCCAUGUUCUAGAAAUAUAAAUGAGUCCUCACUCCAGUAUGUUAUUCCCCAUCACGGCAUCGUUCGAAAGGAUAAAAGUACAACAAAAUUACGGGUAGUAUUGGAUGGCAGUAUGAAAUCAUCAUCGGGACUGGCACUGAAUGAUAUAUUACAAGUCGGACCGAAUUUGCAAAACGACCUUUUUAGAAUAAUUUUAAAUUUCAGACUUUUUAAUGUAGCGAUUAGUGCUGACAUUAGGCAAAUGUACUUGAGGAUUUUAGUAAAGGACGAAGAUAGGAAAUUCCUGAGAAUGUUGUAUCGCUUUGAUCCAAGCGAGGAGAUAAAACUAUACGAAUUCACACGUGUGCCAUUCGGUUUGUGUUGUAGUCCGUUCCUUGCGAUCAGGACUGUGCGCCAGUUAGUGACGGACGAGGGAUCACAAUUUCCUCUCGCGGCUCCAGUAGCUGACAGUGACGUUUUCACUGACGAUUUGGCUACUUCCUGUGCGAAUGAAGAAACAGCGGUCGAACUUUCUAAUCAACUUAUUAAAAUGUUUCAUGCUGGUGGUUUUGAUUUGGUAAAGUUUUCAAGUAACUCACCAGAGGUUCUUUCUAAGAUACCCUCUUCACAUAGAGAAUUCGAAGUUAUAGAAUUUAGUCCAGAUAGCUAUUUAAAAAUACUGGGACUAAACUGGCUUCCAGCCGAAGACGUAUUCACAUUCACAGUAAAUUUACGGAACCGCGAAUGUACUAAAAGAAAUAUUUUAUCAGUUAUAGCAAGAAUAUGGGACUUAAUGGGAUUCGUAGCUCCUGUUACACUAUGGGCCAAGCUCAUCAUUAAGUCACUAUGGGCUAAUAAUAUAGAUUGGGAUGAAACUCCUCGCCCUGAAAUUGUAGCAGCUUGGCAUCGAUUCGUGUCUGAGUUGCCAAUAUUGGAAAAUGUUAGAAUACCACGACAUACUGGCAUUGUUAUAGAGUGCAUAGUUAGCUUAUUGGGAUUUGCUGAUGCAUCUGAAAAGGCCUAUGGAGGUGUCGUUUAUUUACAUGUUUAUUUUCCACAAACAAAUAAGUUCACUAUUACGCUUGUUUGUGCCAAAUCCAGAGUAGCGCCGUUACGAUGCGUGUCAUUGGCAAGACUAGAAUUAUGCGGUAACUUGAUUCUCGCAAAGUUGAUGAGAGCAAUUAUUGACAGCUAUUCUCAUCGCUGUAAAAUAAGUAAUGUAUUUGCCUUUACGGAUAGCACCGUGGCUUUGGCAUGGAUUCACUCAUCACCGGCUAGAUGGCAUACGUUUGUAGCCAACCGAGUAACAAAGAUACAGGAUGAAAUACACCCCAGAAACUUUUAUUUUGUAUCGGGUAAAGAGAAUCCAGCAGACUGUCUUUCACGCGGCUUAACACCAUCACAAUUGAUGGAGCAUCCUCUUUGGUUCAGUGGACCCCGAUUUGCUCAUCUACCCAUUUCAGAUUGGCCAGUUAAGAAUUUUGAUGCCACAUCGAUGACUGAUAUUCCAGAAAUGAAACCAGCUAUCAUGCUAUUCACAACUGAUGAUGCACGGAAUGACAAUAUAUUAUACACGCUUGCAUGUCGUAUUUCAUCAUGGCCCAAGCUGGUCCGUAUUGUACUUUAUGUUCUCCGGUUUAUUAAAUUGGUACCGAGUAAAUUUGAUAUUUCCCAUUUAAAGGUGGCCGAAACGAAUAUCAUCAAGGCUGUACAGCGAGUUCACUUUGAUAAAGAACUUAAGAAUGUGAAGUCUGGCAAAAUAUUACCGUCUGCAUUUCAACGGCUCAGAGCCUUUGUUCACGAAGGUAUCUUUCGUGUUGGCGGGCGAUUGGAGAAUGCUCACUUGGAAUUUGAUAGUCAGCACCCUAUUUUACUUCCCGCUCGUGACCAUGUAGUGAACCUUUUGAUAGACUAUUAUCACAAAAAGUAUUUGCACACCGGACCGCAGCUCUUAAUGUCUCUGAUACGCCAAAACUACUGGAUUCUCUCUGCUCGGAAUAUAAUAAGAAAGCGAGUACAGCAGUGUAAUAUAUGUUAUAGAGCAAAUCCCCGAAACCAAUGUCCAUUGAUGGCUGAUUUACCUGCUUGUAGAGUUCAAGAAACAAAGGCCUUUUAUCACACUGGUAUAGAUUACGCUGGCCCAUUACGUAUUAUUCCCUACAGGCGACGUGGUGUUCGUAGUCAAAAGGCGUAUAUUUGUCUGUUCAUUUGUCUAGUUACCAAGGCAGUUCACCUAGAACUCUCAACGGACUUGAGCACAGCAGCUUUCCUGAAUGCCUUCAAACGCUUCAUUGCGCGGCGUGGUCCAAUCAAAGUAGUCUAUACCGACUGUGGAACAAACUUUUUGGGAACUCACUCAUAUCUCAAGGAAAUGUAUAAAUUGAUUUCCUCUGAGCAGUAUGCAGAUAAAUUUGCAAAUGAAUUGCGUGAUAAUAAUAUAGAUUGGAAAUUUAACCCACCAUCAGCCCCUCAUUUUGGCGGUAUAUGGGAGGGUAAUAUUCGGAGCGUUAAAACUCAUCUUAAUAAAAUAGUUGGUAAUCAGCUUCUCACUUUUGAAGAAAUGUUGACUACACUUGCUCAAAUUGAAGCAUUAUUAAAUUCGCGACCUCUAUCAGUUUUGAGUUCAGAUCCAUGUGACCCUCAAGCUCUUACUCCUGCACAUUUUAUAAACUUAACACCAUUAAAAUCACUACCUUCAGAAACGAUAACGGAACAUUCUAAUCUCAUCCAAAGGAAACGUAUUGUAGACAGUUUGGUCCAGUCUUUUUGGAAAAGAUGGAAACUUGAAUAUCUUAAUACAUUACAAGUUCGUAAUAAAUGGAAAAAAGAUAGCACUCCUAUUAAAACUGGCACAGUUGUACUGCUUCAAUCUGAAAAUAGUGCUCCUCUUAAUUGGCCAUUGGGUAUAAUAGAGGAAACUUUUCCGGGUCGUGAUGGAGUUGUAAGGGUGGUUAACGUUAGAACGAAAACUGGUACUUAUCGUAGACCUGUUGUUAAGGUUUAUCCUUUACCAACACAGUAG